CAGUAAUAUACUGUGUGCGGCGGCCGCGUCGUCUUUUCUCCUCCACGGCGGCUCGUGCGCGUUUUCGCUGCCGUCGGGUCCAUACCUCGGCGAUCGGCACAACAACCAGUGGUCGUACCGCGGACACCGCACUCCGGCAUCACACGUCGCACUUCACACACGCGCAACACGCACCAAUCCAACACUAUUGUACCAUGGCGGGCUUCCCGAGUGGUUAGUUUCCGUUACAGUUACAAAUAAUUGGAAAAACUAGUGCGCUAGAUCGUUAUCGGUCAAUAUUAUCGCGGCGCUGACCGUGUAAUACACCAUCCGUUUCGUAACAACGGUCAGGUUUCGUCUUCGGCGUGCGCGCGUCCCGUAGAUAUCCUCGACCUGAAACCCUUUGACGACGAGACACUAUGGACAUCCAGUUCGAAGACUUGACGUACGAGGCGAAGUCGCCGUUUUGGCGCACCAAAGUUCCACCAAAAACCAUAUUGAAAUCAGUAAAUGGCCGAUUUGCAGCUGGUGAGCUUUCGUGUAUUAUGGGUCCGUCCGGCGCAGGAAAAAGCAGUUUAUUAAAUGCAUUAUCUGGUUAUAAUUAUAAGGGUGUUAGUGGAACCUUAAAAAUAAACAGUCAAAUACGAGAUGAGAAGUUGUUUCGUAAGUUAUCAUGUUACAUAAUGCAAGAAGACAAAAUUCAGCCUAUGUUGACCCUCAAUGAAGUGAUGAUGUUUGCAGCGGAGCUUAAAUUAUCCAAUAGUACACUGACUAAAGAAAAACAAAUUAUCGUGACAGAAAUCCAAAAUGUCUUAGGAUUAUCUGGAAGCAAACAUACGAGGACCGAAUUUUUGUCAGGUGGCCAAAAAAAACGUUUGUCCAUCGCUCUGGAACUCAUUAAUAAUCCACCAAUCAUAUUUCUCGACGAACCAACAAGUGGAUUGGACAACGUGUCCAGUACGUACUGCUUACAACUGCUCCGUGGGCUCGCGCACCAGGGACGUACCAUCGUUUGUACCAUCCAUCAGCCGAGCGCCACCAUGUUCCAGCUGUUCGACCAUGUAUACGUACUGUCCCAGGGGUACUGCGUAUACCAGGGCACCACGAAUCAACUAGUGCCGUUCCUGUCCACCGUCGGGCUGCACUGCCCGCUGACGUAUAACCCAGCCGACUACAUAAUCGAGGCGACCGAUGGCGAGGACCAGAACAACAUCGCCAAAUUGACUGCGGCCACGAUGAACGGCAAGCUGUCGCUGUACAAUGCGUUGAAGGAUUUCACCAAAUGUCCCGUGGCUGAGGAAACGACCAAUGGUGAAUUACUCUUACCGGAACUUAAUGGAAACCUUAUCACCAGCAAAUUACUUCCAGUUCCAUCGAUAAAUUACACUGAAGUAGAAAAUAAAGCCGUGGAAAAAUAUGGAAAUACGUGGUGUGUAGACUUCCCAACUUCCGGUUGGUCGCAGUUCUGUACGCUUUGGAAGCGAAUGAUUUUACAAAUGUAUAGGAAUAAGAUCGGUUUAAAUAUACAAUUCUACCACCAUCUAAUUUGCGGCCUGGCGGUGGGCAUAGUGUUCUACAACAAAGCCAAUGACGGUUCACAGUUCUUCAAUCACAUGAAAUUUUGUAUGGGCAAUAUCUUAUUUCAUACCUUCACACAAUCAAUGGUUCAAGUACUUGCUUUUCCAGCCGAAGUAAAAUUAUUAAAACAAGAAUACUUCAACAGAUGGUAUAGUUUGAGACCAUACUAUUUAGCAUUGCAGUUAUCAAGAGUACCGUCUAUCAUAUUUUUCAGUAGUAUUUAUACGACGUUCGUGUACUUCAUGUCUGGACUACCACAUGAACCAUUGCGGUUUUUACUGUUCAGCAUUAUUUGUUUACUCGUGUGUUUUGCUGCAGAAGGCAUGGGUCUAUUCGUGGGAUCUAUAUUUAACGUGACGAAUGGCAGUGCGGUUGGUCCUAUGAUGAUAGCUCCAUUUUUAGGUCUGGCCAUUUACGGGUUCGACUUUGCGCAUCAGGUACCGUGGCUCAUGGAGAUAAUCAUGCAAACCAGUUUCUUACGGUGUGGAGUUAUGGGACUGGUGAUCACUGUGUUCGGUUUGAACAGGAAACCGUUAGAAUGUGACACUGGUUAUUGUCACUUUAGAGACCCAAAUAUUAUAAUUUAUUACUUGAACGUGGACAGGAAACAUCCAUAUUUCGAAAUCAUUAAAUUGGUCAUCCCGCUCUUGCUUUUCAGGUUUCUCACGUACUAUGCGCUUCGAAAGAGGCUUAAUGGUUAAACGUUCAUCACUCAAAAUGUAUUUUUAAAUCUAAUUUUUUACCUUAUUUUAGGUAUUUUAUUGCGAUUGAUUUUAUUUGUUCAUCGCAUUUUAAUUAUCUACUGAUAAUAUUAUAUAAUAGUUUUUUAAUUUAUCAUAUUAAGUUCUUGGGAGACGAAACUUUCACACUUUCACAACGAAUAAUUCAGAGUUGUUAAU